ACUAUUUUUCAAUUUCCAAUUAUUUUUGCCAUUUCACUUCAAAUAAACAUAUAUUUAUUUUCCAAACCCAUAAAACAUCACAGGCUAAAACUAUCAAAAUCACCCCCUUGUACAUGGCAUUUCAUGUUUCUUGCCCAAUUACCUGCCGGAAGAUAUGCUUUUGUAACGAGGGAUUUCCUCCGCAUCUGCGGAGUAAGGAGGCCAGGCAUGAGUUUGAGCAGCAGGUGGCUAUGCUUGAGCAAUUCGCGAAGGACCCAUGGUUGAUUAGGUCCAGGCCGAAUGCUACGGUUGAGGUUAUGGUCCCUAAAGUUUUCCGCACUCCGGUUUCUGGUUCGACUUCAGUUCCGGCUCCGCCGCAACAUCCAUCAGUGUCAGCGGUGGACGGAAAGGAUAAAGGAGAGGACGAGGUGGCACUGGCUAAGGCAUCGGCCCAGGUGAAGAGGGCGUCAUUGCAGAAAAGGGCUGCAGCUACGUCAAUGGCGGCCGAGGAUUACGCGAGAAAGUUUGAGUCCGGUGAUUUAUCGGCUUCUGUGAAGGAUACUGCAGGAGAAGAGCAAAAUCAAUCAAUUGCCAAAGUAAUGUGUCGGCUAUGUUUUUCUGGCGAAAAUGAAGAAAGUGAAAGGGCAAGGAAGAUGCUCUCUUGUAAUAAUUGUGGCAAGAAGUAUCAUGGGAGCUGCUUGAAAUCUUGGUCUCAAAAUAGAGAUCUUUUUCACUGGAGUUCGUGGACAUGCCCCUCCUGCCGAAUAUGUGAGGUCUGCCGUCGAACUGGGGAUCCAAAUAAGUUUAUGUUCUGUAAAAGGUGCGAUGGUGCAUACCAUUGUUACUGUCAGCAGCCUCCCCAUAAGAAUGUCAGCCAUGGGCCCUAUUUGUGUCCCAAGCAUACAAAGUGUCAUAGCUGUGGUUCUUCUGUUCCUGGAAAUGGCUUAAGUGUAAGGUGGUUUUUGGGGUACACUUGUUGUGAUGCUUGUGGAAGGUUGUUCGUAAAGGGAAACUACUGCCCUGUUUGUUUGAAGGUCUAUAGAGAUUCUGAGUCAACCCCUAUGGUUUGCUGUGACAUCUGCCAACGCUGGGUGCAUUGCCCCUGCGAUGGGAUCAGUGAUGCAAAGUACAUGCAAUUUCAAGUAGAUGGAAACCUCCAGUAUGUGUGUCCAACAUGUCGGGGAGAAUGCCACCAGGUCAGGAAUCUUGAGGAGGCUGUCCAUGAGCUUUGGAGACGGAGAGAUGAAGCUGAUAAGCACGAGAUUGCUAGCUUGAGGGCUGCUGCUGGGUUGCCGACUCAGGAGGAAAUUUUCGAUAUUUCACCCUUUUCAGAUGAUGAUGAGAUUGGACCUUCAAAGAACGAAUGGAGCCGUUCUCUAAAACUUUCUCUUAAAGGGUUUAGCGAGAAAUCACCCAAAAAGAGUAAAAUAUAUGGAAAAAAGGCUGAAAAUAAGAAGUAUGGUAAGAAAAAGAGUCCAUUGUUUGGCUGCAGUACUGGUGAUAAGAAUGAAGUAAUGCAGUUUUAUGAAGAACCCAAUAGUCUCUCAUCUCCUGCCACUGGAAGUUUGGCUGAAGGGAUAUCUUCAUUUAAUGAGGAAGGGGUCUCGAAACACAAAUUUACUGAAGAGGUUGCUGCAAGCAACAGGGAUAGAGCAUCUAGAACAAUAAAAAUAAAGAGUGCCAAGCCUCAUGGUUUGAGUAACGAGGAUGUUGGAAAUAACACUAGUAUGUUCAAGACCGCAAAAGGUCCAAAGCUUAUUAUACAUUUGGGCGGACGAAGUAGAAAUAUAACUAGUCCUCCAACAUCCGAAGGCGCAAGCUUUAGUAAAGGGCAAGAGUUGACUUCAUCUAAUGUGUUUUUUUUUGUGUGUUCAGUAGGCAAUGAAGAUAUGGCUCAUCUGAAAGUCAACAAGUACAUUGACCAGCCAGAUUCUGAAACUAAGUUCGGGGAUAUAACAGGACGUAAGAUAGAUAGUGCUGAUCAAGUGAAAGGUUCCUAUCAGUUUAGUGGAGAAAAUUUUGCAGAAGUCUCUAACAUCAGUUCAAAGCUUAGUAGAGGAAAAUUUGCAGAUUUAUAUGAAUCAGUUUCUCCACUGAAUACUCGUUCUUUACUAGGAAAACGAAGCAUUGAAGAUGGUGCAUUUGACGUCUCAGCUAGCAGGAGAAACAAAUACAGUAAAAUGAAGUAUGAAGAGGAUGGGUCUUCUGCCAAAGAAUCAAAAAUCUUAGAGUCUCUGCCAAUGGAUCGAAAAUCUCAUUUAAAGUUCAAAAUUCCAACGAAUUCAAACAAUGGAGACCAAAAUGCAUUGUCCCUUCCUGGGAAGGACGAGAUGACUUCUGUCAAGGGUCAAAGAUCGAAAAGGAGAAGACCAGCAACAUUUGAGGAUAGAGCAUUGACAGAGGGUGUUGAAGAGACAUCACAACAGUAUGAUGACGAUAGGAUGAAUGAGAUCAUGGAUGCUAACUGGAUAUUGCAGAAAUUGGGAAAAGAUGCUGCUGGGAAAAUAGUGGAAAUUCAUCGGCCAUCCAACAACUCCUGGCAUAGGGGAACUGUAAUAGAAGUCAUUGAGGGCACAUCAAUUGUUUCAAUUGCUCUAGACGAUGGAAAGGUCGAGCAAUUCGAACUUGGAAAGCAAGGAAUUCGUUUUGUUCCUCAGAAGCAAAAACGCUGAUUUAGUACAUAGAUGACAACUUCAUUUGGGAGACAGUUUUGGUUUAAGGAGUGGUGUUCUUAAAAACAAUCUGCGAAGCAUGUAUAGAUUGGAAGCAACAAAACGAUUAGUUAAGUUGAUGCACAAGCUACUGCUGCUUGUUUUGGUUGAUUUCUUUUGACCAUUUUAGAUCGAAAGGACGAAGUUGAGAUCUUGUUUUGGUUGCACAAGCUACUGUUUGUUUUGCUGUAUUUUGGUCAAUCCCUGCACGUCGGGAUUAUGUACUUAGUUUGCGUGUUUUAGCCUUUUUAGGCUUUUUGGGACUUGCUUUUACAGCAGUUUGCUACAAUUUGUGUUGAAUUCGGUCUCUCCUAGCUGCUUCUUAAUGUCAAACAUUUUGUAUAUGAAUGUGUUUUAUUAUGUAUUACUCUUUAUCA